AUGGCCAACAAACCCCAUGGCGGUGUCCUGAAGGACCUGAUUGCCCGCGAUGCUCCUCGACAUGACGAGUUGGAGGCUGAAGCUGCCACAUUGCCCGCCAUUGUGCUUACCGAGCGCCAAUUGUGCGAUUUGGAGUUGAUUAUGAACGGCGGUUUCAGUCCUUUGGAAGGUUUCAUGAAUGAGAAGGACUACGACGGAGUUGUUGCCGAUUCUCGUCUUGCCGACGGCCAUUUAUUCUCCAUGCCCAUCACUCUCGAUGCUUCGGGCGAAACCGUCAAAGAGCUUGGCUUGAAGCCUGGAGCUCGUGUCACAUUGCGCGACUUCCGUGACGACCGCAAUCUCGCCAUCCUGACCAUCGAUGAUGUUUACCGUCCUGACAAGACGAAAGAAGCGAAGCUUGUCUUUGGCGGUGACGAGGAGCACCCCGCAAUCAAGUAUUUGAACACCAAGGUCCAUGAAUUUUACAUUGGAGGAAAGGUGGAGGCUGUGAACAAGCUCAACCAUUACGACUAUGUUGCUCUACGAUACACCCCCGCUGAAUUGCGUGUUCACUUUGAUAAGCUCGGCUGGACCCGAGUUGUCGCUUUCCAGACAAGAAACCCUAUGCACCGUGCUCACCGUGAGUUGACCGUCCGCGCUGCCCGUGCUCGCCAAGCCAAUGUCCUCAUUCACCCUGUUGUUGGUCUCACCAAACCCGGUGACAUCGAUCACUUCACCCGUGUCCGCGUCUACCAGUCUCUUCUGCCUCGUUAUCCCAAUGGCAUGGCUGUUCUUGGUCUUCUUCCUUUGGCCAUGCGCAUGGGUGGUCCUCGCGAAGCUAUUUGGCACGCCAUUAUCCGUAAGAACCACGGUGCAACGCACUUCAUUGUGGGACGUGACCAUGCCGGUCCAGGAAAGAACUCCAAGGGCGUUGAAUUCUACGGUCCUUAUGAUGCUCAGCAUGCUGUUGAGAAGUACAGAGAAGAGCUCGGAAUUGAGGUAGUCGAGUUUCAGCAGGUUACCUAUCUGCCGGAUACGGACGAGUACAAGCCUGUUGACGAAGUGCCUGCUGGUACAAAGACUCUUGAUAUCUCCGGCACCGAGCUUCGGAAACGUCUCCGUACAGGUGCGCACAUCCCAGAAUGGUUCUCGUACCCAGAAGUCAUCAAGGUCCUGCGCCAGUCCAACCCUCCUCGUGCCUCUCAAGGCUUCACAAUCUUCCUCACUGGUUACCAAAACUCAGGCAAGGACGCUAUCGCCCGUGCUCUGCAGGUAUCUUUGAACGAGCAAGGUGGACGCUCAGUCUCAUUGUUAUUGGGAGAGACAGUCCGUCACGAGCUCUCGGCAGAACUGGGCUUCAGCCGGGAAGAUCGACACAAGAACAUUCAACGCAUCGCAUUUGUCGCUGCCGAACUGACAAAGGCCGGUGCUGCCGUCAUUGCGGCCCCAAUUGCACCUUACGAGGAGUCUCGGCAGUUAGCCCGUGAGACCAUCUCGCAACAUGGAACCUUCAUUCUUGUGCACGUAGCCACGCCGCUUGAAUACUGCGAGAAGACGGAUAAGCGUGGAAUCUACGCUCAGGCUCGACGAGGCGAAAUCAAGGGUUUCACUGGUGUCGACGACCCAUAUGAGGCCCCUGCCAAGGCUGAUCUUGUUGUGGACUUUGAGAAGCAGAGUGUGCGCAGCAUUGUGCAUGAGAUUAUCUUGAUCCUUGAGAGCCAGGGAUUCCUUGAUCGGUCGUAA